AUGGCGCCACAGGAUGCUGUCCCACAUCAUGGCCUCGUCCACCUUAACCCGACCGCAAUCCAGUACGCCUGCUUCUUUUCCUGCGCCCCCCUGGGGCUCAUCCACCGAUUCGUCCCUACUGCCACUGCGCGCCACCUGUACUCAAUCUUAACGGCAGCAGUCAUGCUCAGAAUUCUCCAUCCUGAGGCGGCGCCACAUUUUGCAUUCAUCAUAGCCGUAUCGUACACAGUUAUGCUGCUCCACCGGCGGCGGUGUGGGGUGAUCGUGACGUGGGUGGGGUUUGCACACAUAACCUGGUGUCACUGGCUGUAUCGGGGCUACUAUAGAGGCAGCUUCCCUUUUGUUGGCUCCUUCUCGGUACUGGUUCUAAGGCUCGGCUCAAGGCUCGCCUUCAAUUACCAGGACGGUCUGCUUCCCAAGGAUCAGCUGACCAAGACGCAGGCCCUGUUUCGGGUCACGUCGCUGCCCAGCGUACUGGAGUACCUGGGCUUCGUGAGUCAGGGGUACAUGUCAACAGGGCCUCACAUACACCUCGUCGACUACAGCCAAUUCACCAAGAGAGAAGGGCGGUGGAGUCCAAACGAGAAGGCCCCUAACCCGCUUCCAGCAACCCUGACCGCACUCGCGCGCACCGCCGUGCUGGGCUACGUGACCCAGAAAACCAUCCACGUAGCUCCGGUCGCCUUCAUCAAGUCAUCGACGUACCAUCACAAGUACUCCUUCUGGCGACGGCUGGGUUACCAACUGCUCGUGUUUGAGCACCGUCGCCUCCGGGUAUAUGCUAUGUGGUCGUUCUUCGAGGCGGCCUGGAUUAUCUCGGGGCGCGGCUUCUCGGGGUGGCACGACGGGAAGCCCUCCUGGGCGGGAGCGACGAACUUCCACUUCUGGGGCGUCGAGCUGGCGGAGCAUCCCGCGGCGAUCUGGGCCAACUGGGACAUUCACACCGGGCUGUGGCUGCGAUACUAUGUGUACGACCGUUUGACUCCCCGAGGGCAGAAACCAGGAAUCCUGCAAUUGGCGGCUACUCAGGCGGCGUCCUUCGUCUGGCAUGGCCCGUAUCUGGGUCAGGCCCUUUUCCGGACCAACGCGACGCUUAUCAUUUUGAGCGCCAGAGUUCUGUACAGGUAUAAGACCCGGCUGGUGGAGCGCCCACCCGCUCUCAAGCUGCCCGCGCGCGCGCUGAUGUGGGCGUAUACGCAGCUGACAGCUGGCACGAAAGAGAUGGCUCUCUUUCUCACGGUUCUCACGUUUCGAGACAUCUGGCGGGCGUUUGGAUCCAUAUACUAUCUGCAAGUGCUUGUGCCGUUGACCAUUCUCGUUCUGGGUUGGUUGUUCCCGGUCGAAGCGUCCAAGAAGACGGUCCCCCUUCACGCGCAAGCAGCUAGGAAGGACGCUCCUGUAGACGCCCGGACAAGCGCUCGGGAAACGACUCAGAAAAAGGACACAUGA